CUGUCCUCGUCCCCCUCCAGUCUUCACCACUGCUCGGUUCUUGCGUCCACGUCGUGCGCUCUCUCUGGGUCUGGAUCUGUACUUUGGAUUUCUUCUUGGAUUUUACCUGCCUGGUUAUUAAACCCCGCCCCCCACGUGUAGCUAUUUUCUGUUUUUGCCCUUAUCGAUGGCGGAGGGUGUGCGCCCCGAGGACUACUGCGACGAGCCAGUGGAGGACGAGUUUGGAGAGAUCAUAAAGUGUCGAUCUGAUGAAAGAGAAGAUGUUCAGAAGAAGACUUUCACAAAAUGGGUAAACUCACAGUUGGCUAAGACAGGGAAACCACCUGUGGAGGAUCUAUUCUCCGACCUGUGUGAUGGGCGACGCCUGUUGGAGCUGCUGGAGGGGCUGUCGGGACAUGAGCUGGUGAGGUUGGAGAGAGGAUUCACGCGUGUUCACUCGCUCAACAAUGUCAACCGUGCGCUGCAGAUCCUGCAGAAGAACAAUGUUGAACUGGUGAAUAUCGGGGCAGCAGACAUCGUUGAUGGCAAUCACAAACUGAUACUCGGGCUCAUCUGGAGCAUCAUUCUCCACUGGCAGGUAAAGGAUGUGAUGAAGGAUGUGAUGGCGGGCCUACAGCAGACCAACAGUGAGAAGAUUCUGCUGAGUUGGGUUCGUCAGAACACAAGGCAGUAUCCUCAGGUCAAUGUGGUUAACUUCUCCAGUAGCUGGAAUGAUGGAUUGGCCUUCAAUGCCCUCAUCCAUAGCCACAGGCCUGAGCUUUUUGAUUGGAGCUCAGUGGAGAAGAAGAUGUCUGCGAUCGACAGACUGGAACACGCCUUUAAUAAGGCAGAGCAACACCUGGGGAUAGAGAGACUGCUGGACCCUGAGGAUGUGGCGGUGCCUAACCCGGACAAGAAGAGCAUCAUCAUGUACGUGACGUCGCUCUUCCAGGUGCUCCCCCAGAGCGUUUCCAUGGAAGCCAUCCAGGAGGUGGAGACUCUGCCGCGGGUGGCCACCGCCAACAUCGCCAGGGUGACGACAGAAGAGCACUACCAGAUCCAGACCCAGCAACGUUUCUCCCAACAGAUCACAGUGAGUGUGGCUCAGGGCAGAGUGCGGAGCCCCUCCCCUCAGCCUCGCUAUAAAAGCUAUGCCUACACCCAGGCUGCAUAUGUCAAGUCGCCCGAGCAAAAGAGGAGGCGUUUUACUGAUCAGUUCCUAACACCCAGCCAGGAGGAGCUGCAGCGGGGCCUCAGUCCUCUGCCUCCAGGCUCCACCAGCUUGGAGAGCUACCAGGCCGCCCUGGAAGAGGUUUUGACGUGGCUGCUGUCAGCUGAGGAUGGACUUCAGGCCCAGCCUCCGAUCUCCAACAACGUUGAGGAGGUGAAGGAGCAGUUCCACACACAUGAGGGGUACAUGGUGGAGCUGACAACUCACCAGGGCAGCGUGGGGCGGGUCCUCCGAGCCGGCGCUGCCCUGCUGAGUGAGGGGAACCUGAGCGACGACGAGGACUCAGAGGUCAGGGAGCAGAUGAACCUGCUGAACUCUCGAUGGGAGCACCUGAGAGUGGCGAGCAUGGAGAGACAGAGCAGACUCCAUGAGGUGUUGAUGGACCUGCAGCACCAGCAGCUGCAGCAGCUCACUAACUGGUUAGACGUGACAGAGGCGAGAAUCAAGAGGAUGGGGGCUCAGCCGCUGGGUCCUGACCUGGAGGACGUUAAGCACCAAGUGGAAGAGCACAAGCUCCUGCAGGAGGACCUGGAGCUGGAGCAGGUGAGGGUGAACUCUCUGACGCACAUGGUGGUGGUGGUGGACGAAAGCAGCGGGGACAGCGCCACCGCCGCUUUGGAGAGCAAACUUCAGGUGCUCGGUGACCGCUGGGCAGCCAUUUGUAGAUGGACAGAGGAGCGCUGGAUCCUGCUUCAGGAGAUUUUACUGAAAUGGCAGCACUUUACUAAUGAACAGUGUUUAUUUGACUCCUGGCUGACUCAGAAGGAGGAGCUGGUUCGUUCCAUCAAGACCUCCAACCUGAAGGACCAGGCUGAGAUGGUGGCCUGCCUCCGCCGUCUCGCUACGGUGAAGGCAGACCUGGAGCUGAAGCGACCCACUAUGGACAAGCUGUGCUCCAUGAGUCAGGACUUACUGUCCAGCGUGAAGAACAAAGAUGUGGCGAGCAAACUAGAGGCCAGACUGGACAGCUUCGCUCAGCGCUGGGACCGCCUGAUCCAGAGUCUGGAGAUGAGCAGCUCACAGCUCUCGUCAGCUGUCAGCCUGGCCCAGCAGUCCGAGCUGACCCACACAGUCACCACGACGACGACGACGACCAAGGUGACGAGGGAGAAGGUGGCGGCACUGCGCCAGACCCGAGAGUCACCGCCACCACAGAAGAAGAGACAAGUCGUGGUGGACUCUGAACUCAGGAAAAGGUUUGAUGUGGACUUCACAGAGGUCCACAGCUACAUGACCCGCGGCGAGGCCAUCCUUCAGAGCCCUGAGUUCUCUGUGUCACGAAAGGACGGCAGCAUCCAGGAGCUGCAUGACAAAGUGCAGGCGAUAGAACGAGAGCGACCAGAAAAGUACCGGAAGCUUCAGGAGGCGACGCGCACGGCACAGACCCUCGUCGAGCAGGAGGGAAGCCGAGCUGAUGACAUUGCCCAGGCAGCAGAGCAGCUGAACCAGCGCUGGGUGGGAUUCUGUGCUCUACUGGCAGACAGGCUGGCGUGGCUGGCUUACCAGGCGAAGGUGCUGGCUUUCUACAGCUUGUACGAGCAGUGUGAACAGGCCGUGGACAGCAGUGAGAACUGGCUCAAAGUGCAGGCUCCUCCAGCGUCUGAACCGGAGCCGCUCAAAGUACAGCUGGACCGAUGCAGGGAGGAGGUGGCUCGCCUGGCCGCCCUGCAGCCUCAGGUGGAGCUCCUGGAGAAGCGUCUGGAGGAGCUGAAGGAGGAGAAGGAAGGGGAAGAGGACCCGUCAGCGUUCCUGGACGCCGAUAUUGUUGCCUUUAAAGAGCACUACCACAAAGUCCUGGAGGACCUGAGAGCCAGAGAGAGGCAGCUACAGCUGGUUUUGGAGAGCUUGCCCCCGGCUCGUUAUAAAGAAACCAUAUCAGCCCUGUUGGCAUGGUUACAACAGUGCGAGGCCAAGCUGGCCGUCCCAUCCACGGCUGUUACAGAGUACCCGAUUAUGGAACAGAGACUGAAGGACGUUCAGGCUCUCCAGGUUGCUCUGGCUGAACAUCAGGGCGAGGUGGACUACCUGACAUCAGCUGUGGAGCAGGUCUUCCAGAAAGCUCCUCCAGACAUCUGCCAGAAGUAUCGCACAGAGAUGGACGCCAUCAUGACUCGCUGGAGACGACUUGGCACCACCCUGACAGACAACACUCAGAGAAUCCAGGAGCUCAUGGCUAAGCUGAUGCAGUUUGAGAACGAUGUUAAGACUUUGAAGAAGUGGAUGGCAGACGUGGAUGUGUUCUUGAAUGAGGAGUGGCCGGCCCUGGGAGACUCUGAAGCUCUGGAGAAACAGCUGGAGCAGUGCACGGCUCUUGUGAACGACAUUCACACCAUCCAGCCCAGCGUUAACGGCAUCAAUGAAGUGGGUCUGUACCUGAAGAAAGAGGCCGAGCCGCCGUUUGCCAUCUACAUCCAGAAAGAGCUGGACGAGCUGAAUGCACAGUGGGAGAACGUCUGCAAACAGGCCUAUGCUAAGAAGUCAGCACUAAAAGGCGGCCUGGAUAAGACCAUGGCUCUGAGGAAGGAGAUGCAAGAGAUGCAGGAGUGGAUCAACCAGGCCGAGGAGGACUACCUGGAGAGAGACUUCACAUAUAAGACACCUGAGGAGCUGCGCAAGGCUGUGGAGGAGCUCAAGAGAGCCCAAGAAGAGGUCCACUCCAAGGAGCUGAAGGUCAAACUCCUGACUGACAGCGUCAACAGUUUCAUCGCUAAGGCUCCACCAACGGCCCAUGAUGCCCUGCGGUCUGAAUUGGAUGUUCUGACGGCCAACUACCAGCGUCUGUGCAGCCGGCUGGACGGGAAAUGUAAAACUCUGGAGGAGGUGUGGGCGUGCUGGUGUGAGCUGCUCUCCUACCUGGAGCAGGAGAACGCCUUCCUGGACCAGCUGGAACAGAAGCUGGACGAGACGGAGAACCUGCAGGGAAGCGCCGAGGAGCUGCAGGAGGCGCUGGAUGGUCUUGAGGUCCUUUUGCGGCACCCUGAGGACAACAGGAACCAGAUCCGAGAGCUGGCGCAGACGCUGAUGGACGGAGGCGUUCUGGAUGAGCUGAUUCAGCAGAAACUGGACGCGUUCAACACACGAUGGGAUGAACUCUUCGCCAGGGCGGCGCUCAGGCAGAAGGAGCUGGAGAAGAGCGUCCAGUGGGCUCAGGAGAAUGACAAGACGCUGAGGCAGAUCCAGGACUCGCUGGCAAACACUGACCGCCACCUCACCGCAUACCUGGCUGACCACAUCGACGCCCAGCAGAUCCCACAGGAAGCUCAGAAAAUACAGACAGAGCUUAGCGGCCAUGAAGCCACGCUGGAGGAUAUGAGGAAGAAGAACCAGGAUAAAGACCCAUCCAACAGGAUUAUGGGACAGAUAGACCUCACCCAGAAAAUGCUCACGGACGUGUGGACGAAAUUCCGCCUCUUCCAGAAGCCAGCGAACUUUGACGCUCGGCUGGCCGAGUGUGAACGCACACUGGCAGGGGUCAAAAGCCAAGUGGGGCUGCUGGAGAUCGGGAGUGUUGAGCAAGAUGUGGUGCAGUCGCAGCUGGAGCAGUGCAUGAAGUUGUACAAGGUGCUGAGUGAGGUGAAAGGCGAGGUGGAGACAGUGAUAAAAACAGGCAGACAGAUCGUACAGAAACAGCAGACAGAGCAGCCCAAAGAGCUGGACGACAGAGUGACCGCCCUCAAACUGCUCUACAACCAGCUGGGAUCACAGGUGACUGAGAGUAAACUGGAGCUGGAGAAAAGUCUGAAGCUGUCAAGGAAGCUGCGCAAGGAGCUGAACGGGCUGACGGAGUGGCUGGCUGCGACUGAUGCCGAACUCACAAGGCGCUCUGCUGUGGAUGGUAUGCCCAGUGACCUGGAAGCAGAGGUUGCAUGGGCACAGUCCAUCCACGCAGAGACAGAGAAGCGUCAGCCGCAGCUGCAGGCCGUGGUGGACCUCGCCGAGGCCCUCAAAGCGGUGCUACGGGGCAACGGGGGCCUGGUGGAUGACAAAGUCAGCCUGCUGCGCUGCAACUGGAUCGCCGUCACAUCUAGAGCGGAGGAAUGGCUCAACCUGCUGCUGGACUACCAGCGGCAGAUGCAGAAGUUGGAUGGAGAGAUAGAGGAAGUGAACGGAUGGAUUGAUGGAGCAGAGAAAAAGAUGGAUGAGAUAGACAGCCAGGGACCUAACGACACCGUGCUUAAGGUGCUGCGUGCCGAGCUGGAGCUGCAGAGAGGGAAGAUGGAGGAGGUGAGGGCUCUGGCUCAGGAUCUCAUGUCCACUAGAGGGGAGAACUGCCAGGCGCAGGUGGGACCCAAAGUGGAGCAGCUCAACCAGAGAUUCGACACCAUCGCCCAGCGCAUCUCCUCUGGACUGACGGAAGCGUCAGCCAAAGAGUUGGAGCAGUACCACAGCGAGGCACAGAUCUGGCUGGAGCUCCUGGAGGAGGAAGUGAAGCAAGGGGAGAAUCUGAAGGAGGAGGACUUUCAGGAGGACAAGGAUCAUGAGGAAGGUGCAGUGAAGGAGUUACUGUUGAAAGGAGAGAAUCUCCAGAAGAGAGCCCCGGAUCAGGACAAGAGAGAACAGAUCAGACUGAAACACAACCAGCUCAACAGCAAGUACAACACCGUCAAGGACCUGCGUGUGCUGAGGAACAGGAAGGCAUUGGCCAUCGCUCCCCAGUGGUACCAGUACAGGAGGAAGUCACAUGACCUGCUGGCCUGGCUGGAUGACAUCCAACGCAGCGUGGACCAACUCCCCGACCCACCUGAAGGAGAGAGGGUCAAGGAAAUUGGCUCAGAGUUCGACAAGAAGAAGGAGGAGCUUAAGGAGGUGCAGGGCUUAGCCAAUCAGCUCUCAGAGGCUGGAGCCGCCAAUCUAGUGGAGCCCCUGCAGCUCCAUCUCAACAAGCGCUGGGUUGAGGUGGAGGGCAAGUUCUUACCCUUCAAAAGACAAUGUGAGUACCUCACAGAGCUGCAGGCGCUGCUGCGUACGGUGUCAGAGACGGACUUCAAGCUGAACUCUCCUGAAUACUGGCCCGCAGCGUAUUACAACCUGCCUCAGCAAGAGCACUGCCUGAAGGAGGUGAAGGAGAGCAUCGAUCAGCUGAGAGGCCCAGUGGAGGCAGCGCUGGCCCGGAAAGGGGAGAUGGUGUCUGCAGCUCGGGCUCUGGAGGGUCAGAGGAUCCAAGAGACGGCGACACUUCUAAGCACCAACUGGGACAAACUGAACAAGCUCCACCAGGACAGACUGAAGCGUUGGCUGGAGUGCAACACCAAGUGGCAGAAGUUUGUUUCGGAUCAGAAGGAGCUGGAGGAGUGGCUGAACGACGCUGAGGGCACUUUGAAACUGGCCGAGAGUGAGCCGGCAGCACACAGACAGCACCUCAGGGACCUGACAGAGGCCAUACCGCUCCAGGAAGUGGUGUUGGGCCGAGUGAACUCUGCAGGAGAGGAGAUCAGCCAGUUGAGCACACCAGACGACGCCUUGCGGCUCCGAACGCAGCUCAAAUUACUCAACACUCGCUGGGCUGAUGUGUGCCAGCAGCUCAACGAGCGCAAGAGGAGGUCUGCAGAGGCACGUACAGCAGCAGCAGCUCUGCAGGAGGACAUGGGCUCCAUGCUGGGCUGGUUGGACAAAGCAGAGGGUGUCCUGGCCAUUCCCCUGCAGCCUGCAGAGCCUCAGCACAUCAGAGACACUCUAGGCAAAGUCCAGGCACGAGUGGAGGAGCUGCCUGCCAAGAAGGCAGCGAUGGAUGAUCUGAACUCGAGACAAAAACACAUAGCACUUCCUGCUGACAGACAAAAAGACAUCAGGACCAUCAACACUCGCUGGGCUCAGGUGUCCAAGGAUCUGCCUGAGCGCCAGCUGGAGAUCGAGGGUCUCCUGAGGGAGCUGGAGAAGCUUCAGGGUCAGCUUUACGACCUUUCAGGCUGGGCAGCGAGCACCAGAGCCAAGCUAGAGCAGAGUUCGGAGGAGCCACCUCCCAGGCUCAUUGAGGAAGUGCAGGCCAGGCAGCCUGAGGUGGAGUUUGUUUUGGAGCGAGCAGAUCAGCUGUACAAGGACAAUCCUCCCAGCGAGCCCGACAAGAUGAAGUAUGGUAAACUGAAGGAGGACUGGAUGGUGAUUCUGGAGCUGCUGCGGCAGCAUAAGGAGAGGAUGGCUGCUCUACUGGUCGCCAAAAAAGCCACUGAUACUCUAACAGGAAGCUCCCAGCCUGAGUCUGCAGCUCUCGCUCAGUUCAACAAGUCCUGGGCCGAGCUCACUGAUUGGCUGACCAUGCUGGAUAACAUGGUGCAGAACAAGCGAGUGGUUGUAGCCGACCUGGACGACAUCAACGAAAACAUCGGCAUUUUGAAGGCGUCUCUGCAGGAGUUAGACCAGCGGCGCCCCCUCCUGGAGAGACAGGUCACAGCAGCACAGAACCUGAAGAACAAAACCAGCAACCAGGACACGCGCAACGCAAUCACUGAGCGCAUUGACAGACUCCAGACCCACUGGGAAGACUCCCAGACCAAACUCUCGGACAGGACGAAGCAGCUCCUCAACAUGCUGCAGGAUUCCACAGACUGGUUGGAUGCCAGGAAGGGAGUGGACCGUCUCAUCAAGCAGGCCAAUGAGAAGCUGGAGUCCUGGGAGGAGAUUACGUACACGGUCGACGAACUGAAGAAGCAAAAUGCCGAGCUCAAGAACUUUGCAAAGGAGCUGCAGCAGUGGCAGGGACAGAUAGACCAAACCAAUGCCAUGGCAGAUAUGAGCAUUUCACCAAUAACCUGACAAUUUUACCUUCACAACUGCUGAACAGCACACACUUAAUAGCGAUUACACUCCAUACACUGUUUUACUUGGAUCCAUUUAUGAUUUUAUGUGGCCCUUCUUAACAGCAUUUCAGACAGAGAAUAGGACAAGACAUUAGAAGCCAUGAAGCUCCUCCAGCAUUUCUACCUCGACCUGGAGAAGUUCCUCAACUGGCUGACGGAGGCCGAGACCACUUGCAACGUUUUGAUCGACGCCACCAACAAGGAGAGGCUGCAGGAGCAGCCGGCUGCCAGGAAUCUACUCGCACAGUGGAAGGACCUCCAGGCAGAGAUCGACAACCACACAGAGCUCUAUCACUCCCUGGAUGAGAACGGCCAGAGGAUCGUGACCUCACUCGGGGACUCUGAGGAUGCCGUUCUGCUCCAGCGACGCCUGGACAACAUGAGCCAGCGCUGGAACGACCUGCGCAACAAGACCCUGAGCAUGAGGGCCCAUCUGGACUCAGAGAUGGCACCGUGGAAGAGGCUCCACAUGUCGCUGCAGGAGCUUCUGAACUGGCUGAGGAUGAAAAGCCAACAGCUGGAGAAGGAGCCGCCUGUAGGGGGCGACGUCCCGGCCGUGCAGACACAGCUGGACACGCACCGGGGCUUCAAGAGAGACAUGAGAGCUAAAGAACCGGUUGUGACCAAAGCUCUGGACGACGUAGGAGUCUUUCUGUCAGAGCUUCCCCGAGAAACACCGUCUCCUGAGCAAAGAGACAUCAGCCCCGAGGAGCGUGCCCAGAACGUGGGGCGAGUUCUGCGCAAAGAAGCCGAUGACGUUAUAACCAAGUGGGACAACCUUAACGCCGACUCGGCCGCCUGGCAGAAGAGGCUGGAGCUGGCUCUGGAUCGGCUGAUGGAGCUCCAGGAGGCGGAGGACCUGCUGGACGGGCAGCUGAGGCAGGCUGAGAUGGUGAAGGAUGCGUGGGAACCCGUGGGCGACCUGCUGAUUGACUCACUGCCGGAGCACAUUGAGAGAGUCAAGGAGUUCCAGGACGAGAUCGCUCCAAUUAAGGAUGACGUCACGCACAUGAACCAGUUGGCGUCCACAUUCGGCCCACCGGAUAUCCAGCUGUCCCCUAACAACCUGGAACGCAUCGAAGAUCUCAACACACGCUGGAGACUGCUGCAGGUGUCCAUCACUGAGCAUCUAAAGCAGCUGACAGACGCUCACAGAGACUUUGGCCUUCUGCACGCAGGAUCUGUAGAGAGCCCCUUCGAGCAGGGCAUCUCCCCCAACAACGUGCCCUACUACAUCAAAGAGAAAGCUGGACCUGACCAGAUGACCGAGGCCCUCCACCAGACCCAGACGACAUGCUGGGAUCAUCCCAAGAUGGCCGAGCUCUACCAGUCACUGGCUGACCUGAACAAUGUUCGAUUCUCAGCGUACAGAACAGCCAUGAAGCUCAGACGCCUGCAGAAGGCUCUCUGCUUGGACCUGCUGAGCAUGCCGAUGGCGUGCGAGGUGUUCGAGCAGCACGGCCUGAAGCAGAACGAGCAGCUGCUGGACAUCUCCCAGCUGGUCACCUGUCUGACCAGCCUGUAUCAGCGGCUGGAGCAGAGCCACUCGCACCUGGUCAACGUCCCGCUGUGUGUGGACAUGUGCCUCAACUGGCUGCUCAACGUCUACGACACAAGCCGCACUGGAAAGAUCCGAACCCUGUCCUUCAAAACUGGAAUCAUCUCGCUCUGCAAGGCUCACCUAGAGGAUAAAUACAGAUUUUUGUUCAGACAGGUCGCCAGCGCGACGGGUUUCUGUGACCAGCGUCGGCUCGGCCUCCUCCUCCACGACUCCAUCCAGAUCCCCCGGCAGCUCGGCGAGGUCGCCUCCUUCGGCGGUUCCAACAUUGAGCCCUCCGUCCGCAGCUGCUUCCAAUUUGCAAACAACAAACCAGAGCUGGAAGCCGCCAUGUUCCUGGACUGGAUGCGCCUGGAGCCUCAGUCCAUGGUGUGGCUACCUGUCCUGCACCGUGUGGCUGCUGCCGAGACUGCUAAACACCAGGCGAAGUGCAAUAUCUGCAAGGAGUGUCCCAUCAUAGGAUUCAGAUAUCGGAGCCUGAAACAUUUCAACUAUGACAUUUGCCAAAGCUGCUUCUUUUCCGGUCGCGUCGCCAAGGGACACAAGAUGCAGUACCCCAUGGUUGAGUACUGCACGCCGACAACAUCAGGGGAGGAUGUCAGGGACUUCGCCAAGGUGCUGAAGAACAAGUUCAGGACCAAGCGCUACUUCGCCAAACACCCACGCAUGGGCUACCUGCCGGUCCAGACCAUCCUGGAGGGGGACAACAUGGAAACUCCUGUCACUCUGAUCAACUUCUGGCCCGUAGACCAUGCGCCUGGAUCGUCCCCUCAGCUCUCACAUGACGACACGCACACUCGGAUCGAGCACUACGCCAACCGGUUAGCAGAAAUGGAGAAUCGUAAUGGCUCUUAUCUGAAUGACAGUAUCUCACCCAAUGAAAGCAUCGAUGACGAGCACAUGUUGAUCCAGCACUACUGCCAGUCUCUGAACCAAGGCUCUCCCCUCAGCCAGCCCCGCAGCCCUGCCCAGAUCCUCAUCUCGAUGGAAACGGAGGAGAAGGGAGAACUGGAGAGGGUCCUCAACGACCUGGAGCAGGAGAACAGGAAGCUGCAGUCCGAGUACGACCGUCUGAAGAAGGCCCACGACAGGAAGGGCCUGUCCCCGCUGCCGUCGCCCCCGGAAAUGCUCCCGGUGUCGCCGCAGAGCGCACGCGACGCCGAGCUCAUCGCCGAGGCCAAGCUGCUGCGGCAGCACAAAGGGCGGUUGGAGGCCCGCAUGCAGAUACUGGAGGAUCACAACAAACAGCUGGAGUCACAACUGCACAGGCUGAGACAGCUGCUGGAGCAGACGGAUUCCAAGGUGAACGGCACAGCUCUGUCCUCUCCCUCCACCUCCUCUCAGCGCUCUGACUCCUCCCUCCCUCAGCUCCGCGUGGCCGCCAGCCAGACUACUGAUACAAUGGGUGACGACGAGCUCUCCAGCCCCUCCCAAGAUGCAUCAGGGCUGGAGGAAGUCAUGGAACAGCUCAACAAUUCCUUCCCUCACAGCCAGGGUCCCAGUAUUGGCAGUUUGUUCCACAUGGCCGAUGAUCUGGGCCGCGCCAUGGAGUCACUGGUCAGCGUGAUGACAGACGAGCAGAGCGCCGAACAGCACGAGGCCCUGCCCUUCUGAUCCCGCCUCCCAACACCGACCUUCAAUCUCCCCCUCCCUCCCUUUGUCCCCUCCUCCCUCCCUUCCUACCUGUCGCAUGCUUUUCUAGUCAAAACAACUGGAUCGGAAACACAGUUUACAAAGAGAAUAUAUAUAACGUCUAUUUUUGUGAAGGAUUGCAGCAAUGACGCGUUAAAAAAACAAAAGAAAAACAUUAUAACUUGUAGAUUUGAGUAGUUUCUUAAAAACGUCCUGAAGUUGUUUUAUUAUUAACAGAGGCUGGUUUUUAAACUUCUAUGCAAUUGUAUAAAACAAGAGUUGGGGUGGGAGGGGGGAGGGGGCAAUGAAAGACAAACAAGUGUGUUCAGUGUGGUUGAAUAUUUGCCAUCUCUUUGUAAACGGGGAAACAGCAAAAGCAUUUCAGACAUUUGUAUCAAAAAAAAGAAUGAUUGUAAUCAUAAGGGUGCUUUCUAAGAGGAAAAUGUCUUUCUAUAACAGCGUACACUACUGUCAAGGUAAUGCAGGCAUCCUGGAUCUUUACAGUACGUUGUCUGUGAGUUUGAGUGUUUGUUUGAGUGAGUGUAAGCGUGUGUGGUGCCUAAAAUCCACAUUACAUCACAGCUUUUUCUUUAUUUUGUCAGCUUAGGCUGAUUUUAUUUGAAUUCUUUAGUUAUCCAUUCAUCCGUCCAUCAUUUUGUUCAUCCAUCCUCCCUUUAUUAGCAUCUCUGUGGCAACUGUUGUAUCCCUGAGUGGUUGUUUUUCAGCACAGUGUAGUGUGCGCAUAAACAGAGGCUCUUAAUUGGCCCGAUUCAGAACUGAGAGUCAAUAAGGUCACUUCAGGCUGAAUGCACAUAAUGAGAAAUAAUUACACAUGAUUGGAAAAAUCAUGGAGCUUCAGUAUCAAUAGAAAGUGUGAUUUAAUUAAAGAAAGACUUAAACUUAUCUGUUUAAAAUGCUGAAAACAUCACUUAACCACAAAAAUGAUAAUUAAAAAAAAGGCUGCAGAAAAUGGUAAAAAUCAAAGAAGCAGACAUUUUCAGUCUUAAAUUUUACCUCAACAACACACUGAUCCUUCCUUUUACCAUAUUGCAGCUGCACAAUGCCCUUCAAUAGACUUAUAUUUUUAAUUUCCAUGCUUUUUUUUUUUCUAGUAAAGACUUUUUCUUUACUAUUUUUGAAUUGUAAAGAUGAAGCCAAGCUGAUGACAUCACUGUGGCAUCAGCAGCUUUGAAGCAGCGCCCUCUGGAGUCACAAGAGGGGAAAUGCAGCUGUUAUAACCGGCUCAGUAGUAAUGAGUAAACUGGUUUUCAUACAUUAAGUAUUAAAGACAGCUCCUUUGAGUUCAAAGAUAUCCUGCUGAGAAUUUUAAAUACAUGUUUUUUAGAGUACACCCUUCUGGUUUCAACAAAAUAUUUGCUUCAGAGAUAACGGAAGUGAAGAAAUGUGUUGAAAUAUAUUGGAAGACUCAAGCUGACUUUCCUUUUUUACUAUGGAAGCCCUAAAAGGACAUGUAUGUGUGCAUUUUAUUUCUCUAUUUCCCUUGAUAUACUAAAUCAAUAUCUGUUCUUAUAUUUAUAUCACAAUCUCAAGAUAAGAACAUGUUCUUAGAUAAGCUAAGACAAACUUUUUUUGAUCCUUGGUUAGAAUUUCAAACAUUUUUCACUCCAAACAUGAUUAAAAUUGAUUUUCUUUCCUGCUUGAUAAUGUAUCAUGUUUGCAAGCAGUGAAGAGUGUGGGAUUGGUGCACGAAUGCUCAUAAUAUUUUUUGUUCUGACCAGGCCUUUCCAAACAGUUUGCCUGAACUCAGCCAAGCAAACCUGAGGGAAGCAGAAAAAAUUUAAAUUUUAUUGUCUUUCUUGAUUUAUUGCCCAGUCAUCAGUGGUCAGAGGUGGAGAGUAAAAAUUACAUUUACUCAAAUAACUGUGAUUGAGCAGCUUUUUGUCUACUAGUACUAUUAAAAUUCAAUGAUGGUACUUUUAGUGAGCAAAAGAUCAGGGUUGCAAACUUGCAGUGUGUAGCCUAACUUUACUGUUUGUUUGUUUGGAUCCUCAUUAGCUCUUGCACUCACUGGGAGCCAUUUUUCCUGCAGUCGCUGUUUUCAUUGUGCAGAGGUGGAAGAAGUAUGCACUACUUUACUCAAGUACAGUCCCUUUGGUUAAAUGUAUUUUAGUACAAGUAAAAGUACUGGACUAUAAUCUACUGAAGUUAUUUGACUUAAAGUUUACUCUAGUGCUGAGUAGAUACUAGGGGGUUGUUCAGGUAAAGUCACACUUCUAUAAUAAAGUAAAACAGCAAAAUUGACCAUGUUCUAAGUUAAUACAUUAAAAGUGUCUGUAUUGGUCCACACUACAUAAAGUUAAACUGCACCUUUAAAGUGUGUAAAUUUUACAAUAUGACAGAGCUGCAGUAACUCUUGAAAAUCUGUGGCAAUGUGGACAAAGCAGACAGUCAACCCCAUAACAAGGCAAGUCAUACCAAUGAAGAACACGCUCUACAUGUCCUUUAGGAACUCCUUAAGUCACAGGCAGGGAUUCUAACUCAGUGGAUAACUUCACUCAUGGUGCAAACAUGCCUCACAUCAAAACUGUUCAACAGGAAACACCCAAACACAACUUAACACUCUACCCAAGGGCGUGAUGGGAAAAUUUGCCCACACAUCCCCCCGGAUUUGAGAUCGCAGUGGGUGGAGCUUAGAUCAGUUGACGCUUUACAGAGUUGAACUAGCACUGGUGGAUCUCACCUGUCAAUGAACUACAAUAAUUAAGACAUUUUCACUCAGAAUGGAGUAAGAAUCAACUCUAAAAUGUCUAUUCCUGAAAUAUUAGCACUCCAAUUUUUUUCUGUUUUGGGUUGUGAUGUGGAUUUACACUCUCUGUGUGCCACUGUGUAGUUGGAAAAAGUACAAGAUGAUUGAUCUGAAGCAAAAGUGUAGUUACUUUGGUUAAAACUUACAUAAGUGCUGUUUUUAAAGUGUACUCAAAGAAUGCGAGUAACCUAAAAAAAUGACUCAAUUAUAGUAAUUUCAGUAAAUGUGAUUAGUUUCUUCCAGCCUCUAACGUUGGGACAAUACUAUCUAAACAACCACAUUCAUUGUUUAUCACUAUUUUUAACAUAGCACACAAAAAACAAACAUUACACAAAAACUCAGUGUGAAUCUAAAUAUUCAAAAUGAUACAACCACCACAUUACAGUGAUUCAGUAUUAAUAAUUAAUUUUUAUUUUUCUUUUGUGGGGAGUAUUGUUAAAGAACUCUGCAUUCAUGAUAUCCUAAAGAUUUCAAGAAAUGGAUUCAUCAGUCAAAACCUGAGUUAUCUUUUCGAUGACAUCAUAUAUUAGUCAGGAUGUUGUGAUAAUUCAGCAUUGCCACACAGUAAAAUAAAAUAUUUGGAUUUAUGUCCUCUUCAGGCUUCCAUAGUUUACAUAAAUUGGCUGGGUGAAGGUGGCACUUUUAAGAGAUUUGUUACUCAGAUAACCACACGCCAAUGUUGUUCUAUCAUUUCAAACUUUGGACAUGAAAGUUGCAACCUUGAGCAGCCAUCAGUUUCCAGUAUUAAACUUUUGUAAGCUUUAUCAUCAGUUCUGCAUCGGGCCUUAACAGAAAAAUCCUUCAGAACCUGGACUUAAAGGAAAUCAAACGUCCUGAUUAUUGCACUGCUACAUCCUCAGAAAGUGUUUCUUAUACGUUUGAACACUGAGGAGCUUUCUAGUCUUGUUUAGGGCCUGCUGAGACGGCAGCACGCUGCACCGAGUAUUAGUUUAACCUUUUAUUUUCUCCACGUUAGCAGUACUGUAAGAGGAACUCUAAAGAAUGUGAUUUAAAUUGAAUCUGAGCACUACAGUGUUACAAGGCUGCUAGAUGAGAUUAUUUUUGAUGACUUAGAGAAAUAUUUGAGUUCUAGGAGGCCCGGUAACGCAAGCUCUACCUCGUAUGAAUGGUCCAGAGGCUAUUUCUCUACUGUACUCAACCCCACACCGCAUCAUGAAUUAUUACCGCACUGUAGGAGCCUCCGAUCUGAAUGUUCGGAUACAUUCACUGCUUCUCUCAUCUCUAACAGAGGUUUUUAUGACUACAAUCGAGCAUUUCACUCAGAUAUAAAGACUCCGUGUGCACUACUGUCAUACCUGGAACUUACUCGGUAUUUGUUUUCUGUGUGGAGGAUGUGUUUAUUCUAGCAGAGUGUUACAUUUUGUCUUUGGUUUAAAAGGCUUUUUGUGUUUUGUGCUGUGUGAGGUGUUACAAUAUUAGCAUGUGUGACAACAUGAACGCCAUCUUUAUUUAAUGUGUAACCACUCCGUGUGCGUGUUUUUGGCGUCAUAUUCUCUCAGCAUGAGCCAAAAGGGUUUCGUUUUGAUCCAGACACUGAAUUUAAAUGAUUUUUUUUCCUGUUUUCAUUUCUAAUAUUUGUUUCAUUCACUCAUCAUUUUUCCAAUAACGCGUCAAUACUUCACAACAUAUCAGAUUCCACCAAAUAUAUGCCUUACUACUGUAUUAUAAAAUGCUUUACUGUAUAUCAAUAAAGCACGCAGUUAUGUUGA